AUGGACUGGGAUUCGACCCCAACCGAGGCCGCGGACUCCGAGUCGCUGCGCCGGGAGAUCCUGAAGCACAGGCAAGUCGGCAUCAAGGCUCUGGCCUGGACGCCCCUCCCAGGGGGCAAUGGCGUGAAGACAUGGUCCGCGCCUGAACAUCACGUCAUCUCUUUGAUGUUCCUCCCCAGCAGGUCGAGCAUCACGGAGGCGAGCCAGAGCUUCCGCAUCCCCGCUUACAAUGCCUCCCGGGAGACCCCGGCCCAGGGCACCCGCACCCUGCGCUUCCUGGGCGUGGACCCGGACGCCGAGGGCACCCCCGGCGAGCAGUACGACUUUUCCCAGCUCACCCUGUCCGACCUGCUCCUGUACACCUACCCCUGGCUGAGCGGCGCGGCCCUCGCGCUGGGCCUGGCGGUGCUGGCGGCGGGGCACUACGCGCUCUCCGGCCCACACACGCUGCGCCUGCUGCCCACCCUGGCGCACGCCGCCCUGGCCCUCCUGGGCGUCAACUUUGUGCGGGGCCUGCUGACACGCGACUCCCACGCCUCGCUGGCCGGCUCCGGCCUCGCCACGCGCGCCGCCGACGCGGCGGCCACGGCCGUGCACCUAUCCGCCGCCGCACACGACCGCCUGCUGACGGCGCGUGACCCGGCGCUGGCGCUGCGCAGCGCGCUGGCGCUGUGGGGCCUCACCCGCGUCGGCCAGGUGCUGGGCGCCUGGUCGGCGCUCACCGUGGGGUUCGUGGCCGCCUUCACGCUGCCGGCGCUGGCCGCAGCGCAUGCGGAGCGCCUAUCGGCAGCAUGGCGGGCGCUCGGCGCGGCCGCCGAGACCAGGAGCAAUGCGCUGGGGCUGACCCGCCGCCACAAGGCCCUGGCCCUGGUCGCAGCCCUGACGGCCCUGUGGCUCGUCUCCGGCUGGGCCACGCGCGGCGCGGCGCUGCUGGCAGGCGGCCUGGCGGCGCGAUGCCACCUGCGCCCCGCCGAGCUCGACGCCAUUGCCGCUCAUGCAGAGCCGUACACCCAGUCUGUGCGGAAGAAGGCGCGGCGCAUCUCGCGAGCGGCGGCGGGCUUCGCCACCUCCCGGCUGGGCAUGCCCAGCGCGACCAAGCCCCGGCGCCAGUAG